CAAGCCUAGAAAGUGGUUUACCUAUGAGUCGCGCAUACGACACAGUAGAGCCCACGAUCAUCGACGACACGCUCCUAAAUGCAUGCGUCUAUGAACAAGGCCCGAGCGGCGAAGCGGGAGGCAUAGCCAAAUCGGAAGGAAUCGACUUCAACGAGGUGCUACACCUUCGACUUGAUUUCAAGAAUAUUAUUCGCAUCGACAACUUGUGGUCAUUCACGAGCCUCACGAAGUUACAGCUCGACAACAACAUUAUAGCCGCCAUUACCGGAUUGGAUGAAUUAGUCAAUCUCGUCUGGCUCGAUUUGUCGUUUAAUAAUAUAGCGGAGAUAUCGGGGCUUGAUCGGCUCGUUAAACUGCAGGAUUUCUCUCUUUUUCAUAACAGUGUGAUGCACAUUGAGAAUAUGGACUCGCUCGUUGAGCUGCAGGUUUUGUCUCUUGGGUCGAAUAGUCUGAGCAAUCUUGAGGAAAUUCAAUACUUGAGGAGGUUUCCUAAUCUUCAAGCUUUGAGUUUGGCUGGCAAUACUUUCUGUGAUCGUGACUAUAAAAAUUAUGCAUUGGCUUAUCUUCCAACAUUGAAAUAUUUUGACUACCAGAUGAUUAUAGAAGACGAGAGAGUCAAUGCUAUAGAAGCACAUCGGUUUGGCAUUGAAGGUACGUUACAGAAAGAAAGGUCUGAACAACAAGAUAGAGAAGACGAAGCAGAGAGGAUGAAAACAUCAAAACUACAUGAAGCUGCUUAUGUGGAUGGCAUGUUUGGCACUGUUCUAUUUGAGAGCAUGUUCAGUGAAGACCAGGAUGCAGCCAGACUUGUUCAAAUGCCAGAAGCCAACGAGAUAUUUGAAGAUUUCAGAGAGAAGUUUGUGUUAGUCUGUGAGGAGAUAGCCGCUCUGGGUCUCAAAGAGUAUGAAAAACGAGGCACAGAGUCGGACGACUUCUUCACGUGUGUUGCAGAGGCCAAAGAAGUGAACAAAAAGCAGGCAGUUGAAACGAUAGACAAGUUUGUUGAGUUUAAGAAAAAGGCAAUGCAAGAGCUGCAGAUGAUAUUUGACGCUGACGCACAAGACGCCAAGAUUGCCGGUAUGCGUGAUGAACUGGCAAACUUAAAACACGAACUGCUGCUGCUAGAGAUGCAGCUCGUUGAUCAGCUGGAGGAAGUGAACAAGGAAUUUGAACGGAACAUGACGGAGAUGGCUGCAGGUUUUGUUGAGGGGGCUCAACAGAGGUUCAGUCAAUGUCGUGACCUUGAAAACUUUCACAACGGAAAGAUGACAGAGUUGGCAAUGCAGUUGCUGGACAGUCUUGUGAAAGGGGAAAUUGAAACGGAUCUAAGCGAAGAUCUACGAAUGUUGUUUGUUGAUAAGGACACGAUUACUAAUGCUCUCAAUGCUUCACAUGAUUUACAUGCGUUGGCUAUUGAUAAUAAGAUCAGUCUGGUUUGUAAAGUCUAUUACAAGUACCGGAAGCAAACCCUGCUUCAGAAGUACUUAGACCAUCACGGCUGUCUAGAAAGAAGACAUGACUUUACGAAGGAUCCGAGUAGAUCCCAGAAGCACUGUUUUCUGUAAGUGCUGCAGGUUGUGAUGACCUGGAAUAAUGUCCAGCCAUCGUGCAAUACCUGCGUGCACUGUGCCCAAAGCUCCCAAGACCACCGGAACCACCAGUGUUUGACAAUGCCAUUUAUUAUUAUUAAUUUAUUAUUAUUUAAACAUAAAAUUAAUUAUUUAUUUGUUAUUAUUUAUUAUUUAUU